AUGGUUACCGCUGGGCCUGCACGGAGGCUCAUCCCCGACUCGUGCUCUCCCUUGGAGCAAGAGGACACUGAGGCCACCAUGGAGCACAAGGCCAUCUGCGCCCUGGUCGUGGUCUUCUUGCUGGCCCUCAGCACCCGAGCCAAGGACGCGGCAGAGACGUGCUCGAUGGAGCCCCGGGAGCGAGUGAACUGCGGCUUCCCCGGCGUCACGUCCUCCGAGUGUGAGAGUAAGGGCUGCUGCUUUGACGACGCCAUCGCUGGGUACCCGUGGUGUUUCAAUCCCAAGACCAGGGAAAGCACCCAGGAAGAUGUGAAGCUAAAAUGCGGAUCUGAGCAGCUCCACACCAGGCACGGACAGACUGUCCAUGACAUCCUGCAUGCUGCCCCUUCCUACCACCCAGGGAACGCUCUAGAACUUUCCAUGUCCUAG